GUGGAUGUCUGCGUCUCUGAUUGGUCGCUGAGCUUGGCUGACAACACCUGCUUGACUCCAUCUAAAUUGACGACCCGCCCGGGCUCUGGGAAAUAUAGGCAGCAUCCCUGCUGUCCCAGCGCUCACUCUCUCUUUCUGUCUCACUCUCUGCGCUGCCCGCCUGAAUACAGCCUACAGCCGUGAGUGCUACUGAGUUACCACGGACAGACAGAGAGCAGACUGGCUGGUUGGACCGGUGCGUUUCCGAUACAACACUGCAUCAUUGUCUCAGAGCAGAGGGAAGGCAGACUUUAGCACAGGUACAUACUGGUCUUCACAGAUAGAGGCAGAAAUGUUGUUUAAAUUUGCAAUAGUACUGCUGGUUUUGUCACUUUUGGAGCAAGUGGUGCGAUUGGAUAAUAUCGAUGUUCAUGACAACCCGUCAGAGAAACCGGCAAGCCAGAAAGGACGGAUGUCUCUGCAGAACACAGCUGAGAUCCAGCACUGUCUGGUGAGUGCAGGAGAUGUGGGCUGUGGUGUGUUUGAGUGUUUUGAGAACAACUCCUGUGAGAUCAGAGGCCUGCAGGAGAUCUGUCUGACCUUCCUACACAACGCCGGAAAGUUUGACUCCCAGGGUAAGUCGUUCAUCAAGGAUGCUCUGAAGUGCAUGGCCCAUGGCUUGAGACACAAGUUCAGCUGCAUCAGCAGGAAGUGCCUGGCCAUUAAAGAGAUGGUGUUCCAGCUGCAGAGAGAGUGUUACCUCAGACACAACCUGUGUUCUGCAGCCAAGCAGAACGUUGCUGUCAUGGUGGAGAUGAUCCACUUCCAGGACCUCUUCCCUAAAGGGCCGUAUGUGGAGCUGGUCAACAUCCUACUGAGCUGUGGGGAGGAGGUGAAGGAGGCCUUAACCAGGAGCGUCCGGCUGCAGUGUGAGCAGAACUGGGGGGCUCUCUGUGACAGCCUUAGUGUCUGCUCUUCCCUCACCCCCCCUCCUGGUCAGGCCCCCGCCUCCCCCGACCACCGCCGCCACAGGUCCCCCCACUCCGAGCCAGACCACCCCAGACCCCCCCGACAGGGGGACAAGGACAAGCCCAGUAAAGGCGGCUUCAACGCCCACCCCCGCAGCCGCAGCCAGGGUCCCCGUCGACAGAGCCCCGAGGCUGGGGUGGUGGCGGAGCAGGAAGGCUCUGAGGCCACAGACAUCCGGAGGUGAAGAGACAUUGAACCCUAACUAUCCAGAGCCCUCCCUGACCGUGUCACCAUCAUAGCCCCCCAACACACACACACAUACACACACACAGACAUACACAUAGACAGAUACUGUACAUGCAAGAACACACACAUCUACACACAUACACAGACUCACUCUCUCUUUCUCUCGCUCUCUCCGUCCUCUAUCCCUCUCCGUCCUCUAUCCCUCUCUCCAUCCUCUAUCCCUCUCUCCGUCCUCUAUCCCUCUCUCCGUCCUCUAUCCCUCUCUCCGUCCUCUAUCCCUCUCUCCAUCCUCUAUCUCUCUCUCCGUCCUCUAUCCCUCUCUCCAUCCUCUAUCCCUCUCUCCGUCCUCUAUCCCUCUCUCAGUCCUCUAUCCCUCUCUCCAUCCUCUAUCCCUCUCCGUCCUCUAUCCCUCUCUCCGUCCUCUAUCCCUCUCUCCGUCCUCUAUCCCUCUCUCAGUCCUCUAUCCCUCUCUCCAUCCUCUAUCUCUCUCUCCGUCCUCUAUCCCUCUCUCCGUCCUCUAUCCCUCUCUCCGUCCUCUAUCCCUCUCUCUGUCCUCUAUCCCUCUCUCCGUCCUCUAUCCCUCUCUCCGUCCUCUAUCCCUCUCUCCGUCCUCUAUCCCUCUCUCCAUCCUCUAUCCCUCUCUCCAUCCUCUAUCCCUCUCUCCGUCCUCUAUCCCUCUCUCCGUCCUCUAUCCCUCUCUCCGUCCUCUAUCCCUCUCUCCCCCACUCCUCUCCAGUCAUUCCAGAAGUCCUAAAUGGUACAUCUGCAGGGUAACUUGGUGUAGCUCGUUCAGUUACUCCAGAUUGUAGUCCACGAUGUUGUUUCUGUUUAGUUUUAUUAUCCUGAUUUUUAUUUGAAGUGUUAGGACUUCUUGGGCUCUAAUAUAGCGUUUCUCAAAUCAUACUCACUGUAACAUCUGAUUAUAUUUGUAUUAUUUAUUUUAUUCUUUAUGCAAUGUUUAAAUAUCCAAAUGUACAUAGAAAUAUACAUAUCUAUAUUUAUACAGUAUGAACAUGUAUAAAUAUAGUCACCAUAUAAGAUUAUAGUACAUGGUGUGUUCUGUUGUAUACCACACCAGACUCCAUCACCACCCAUCUGUAGAUAUGCAACAUUCAGCAUUGUUGUUUCAAAGUGGGAAUGUGUUGUUAGUAUUAUAAUACUAGAUACUUGAUGAUUAAAUACAAACUGUACAGGUUUUGAAGCCCAGUUCUGGCACAUAUGGCUUGUAGUACAAGAGGUUGGGUUACCAUGGCAAAGUAAACAAACUGGUACAUUCUCCGAUGGCCAGCUUCCAUCGUUAGGAUUCCUACUAUUAGGGCACCCAGGACACAGUCUGUCUGUAGCAGCAUAUGCAUACUGUGUCUCAAAUAGCACCCUAUUCCCUACAGAGUGCACUGCUUUUGACCAGGGCCGUAUGGGCCAAUUGGGUUGCAGACAUAGCGAAGGUUUAGUUCUCUCAGAAAACCCUCCUCUGAUCUCAGCUAAUGUACUAAUGCAUCCAGGUGCCUCAACAUGCUGGUUCCAUCUGUAGUGACUCCUCUCUGUGAGGCUGAGGUUUACUAGAGUUCACUUGACUGGGGUGACAAUGUCGUACAGUAAGUAGCACUAGAACAAUUCAAAGGUGAUUUUCAAUUGAUUCGGUUUAAAGAUUAAUUAUUGAAACUUUUAUUGGACUCUUAGGUACAAAUAUUUCUGUUUGUUAGGGUUAGGGUUAGGGUUAGUGUUAGUGUUAGGGUUAGUGUUAGGGUUAGGGUUAGGGUUAGUGUUAGUGUUAGGGUUAGGAUUAGGGUUAGUGUUAGGGUUAGGGUUAGUGUUAGUGUUAGGGUUAGGGUUAGGGUUAGUGUUAGGGUUAGGGUUAGGGUUAGUGUUAGGGUUAGGGUUAGGGUUAGUGUUAGUGUUAGGGUUAGUGUUAGUGUUAGGGUUAGGGUUAAGGUUAGUGUUAGGGUUAGGGUUAGGGUUAGUGUUAGUGUUAGGGUUAGUGUUAGUGUUAGGGUUAGGGUUAGUGUUAGUGUUAGGGUUAGGGUUAGGGUUAGUGUUAGGGUUAGGGUUAGGGUUGUGGGAACAGACUCGCAGACAUUCAAACAGACAGUCCUACAGACACACUACAGACAGUCCUACAGACACACUACAGACAGUCCUACAGACACACUACCGACAGUCCUACAGACACACUACAGACAGUCCUACAGACACACUACAGACAGUCCUACAGACACACUACAGACAGUCCUACAGACACACUACAGACAGUCCUACAGACACGCUACAGACAGUCCUACAGACACGCUACAGACAGUCCUACAGACACACUACAGACAGUCCUACAGACACGCUACAGACACACUACAGACAGUCCUACAGACACGCUACAGACAGUCCUACAGACACACUACAGACAGUCCUACAGACACGCUACAGACAGUCCUACAGACACGCUACAGACAGUCCUACAGACACACUACAGACAGUCCUACAGACACACUACAGACAGUCCUACAGACACACUACAGACAGUCCUACAGACACGCUACAGACACACUACAGACAGUCCUACAGACACGCUACAGACACACUACAGACAGUCCUACAGACACACUACAGACAGUCCUACAGACACACUACAGACAGUCCUACAGACACACUACAGACAGUCCUACAGACACACUACAGACAGUCCUACAGACACGCUACAGACAGUCCUACAGACACACUACAGGCAGUCCUACAGACACACUACAGACAGUCCUACAGACACACUACAGACAGUCCUACAGACACGCUACAGACAGUCCUACAGACACGCUACAGACAGUCCUACAGACACGCUACAGACAGUCCUACAGACACGCUACAGACACGCUACAGACAGUCCUACAGACACGCUACAGACACGCUACAGACAGUCCUACAGACACGCUACAGACACGCUACAGACAGUCCUACAGACACGCUACAGACAGUCCUAUAGGAACGCAGUAGACAGUCCUACAGACACGCUACAGACAGUCCCACAGACACGCUACAGACAGUCCCACAGACACGCUACAGACAGUCCUACCGACACGCUACACACAGCCCUACCAACACACUACAGACACCCUACAGACAGUCCUACAGACAUGCAACAAACAGUCCUACAGACACACAACAGACACGCUACAGACAGUCCUACAGACAUUCAUACAAACAGUCCUACGGACACACAACAGACAGUCCUACAGACACACAACAGACAUGCUACAGGCAGUCCUACAGACACUCUACAGACAGUCCUACAGACAUGCUACAGACAGUGCUACAGACAGUGCUACAGACAGGCUACAGACAGUGCUACAGACAUGCUACAGACAGUACUACAGACACGCUACAGACAGUCCUACAGACAGUAGCACCCCAGUAACUGCAUCUCAGCAAGCAUCACUAGUGUGAUUGAUUGAUUGAUUAGUAUGAUUGAUUUGUGUGAUUGAUUGAUUAGUAUGAUUGAUUGAUUGAUUGACAGGUGUGGUUCUGAUAAUACCACUGAUUGCUGUACAGCUGAAGCCAUCUCCAGACUCACCACUCUAACUGAAGACAGUCUGUACACCAACGUGACACCACAAGACUAUGAAAGCCCACUGAGCUAAAGGCUUAGGCAUUACCCCAGGGAGAUAACACAAAUAUUGUGUUUCUGCCAUCGAAGCGUUGUAUGCAAUCAAGUAACUGGAAGCAGCCAAUCAACAGUGUAUUCCUGUAUAAUCCCCAGGUCAGACCAGGGGAGGUAGAGGAGGAGGAGGUGGUAGAGGAGGUGGUAUGAACGUGUUCUGUUCUUGCCCCCUCUCUCUCUUCCUUUCCAGAGUCCUAUGCUAAAAUGGCACCCUAUUCCCUACAUAGUGCACUACUAUGGGCCACUGGUCAAAAGUAGUGCACCAUAUAGGGAAUAUGGUGCCAUUGGGACGCAUCCCCAGCAAGUCCACACUUUGGGGCUCAGUCCGCUGUUAUUCUAAAUUGUAUAUUUACCAAGGCCACCAGAGAAUUCCUCUGAGCUACAGCCAAGAGCUGGCCGGCCGCACGGGGAGAGAGAGAUGAAGGGGGAAAGAAGGAUGAGAACUACACUCAACGGUUCCUGAGGAGACACAAUUUCUAGAGUUCUCUCCUCUACAUAAUAAUAGUAAUAGUAAUAUAUGCCAUUUAGCUGACGCUUUUAUCCAAAGCGACUUACAGUCAUGUGUGCACACAUUCUACGUAUGGGUGGUCCCGGGAAUCGAACCCACUACCCUGGCGUUACAAGCGCCAUGCUCUACCAACUGAGCCACAUACGUCCUCCCUGUUCCUUCUUCCACCUCUUCUUGUAGUUCUGAGGUGUCUGUUGGCCAGUCAUGCUAUCCUGACCCUCUGUUUCUAUUCAGAUGAUGUGACAACCUAUUUCAGUUUAUUGACUUAUCUUUGGGCACCAGGUGUGUAACUCUAUUAAGAAUGUAAAUGACUGUAACUGACCAUCUGUUCCAUACACUGUCACUAUCUUCUGCAUUUUGUGUUCCAGGAGAAAUAGACUGACAGUGCUUCCUACUUCUUGUUUCUCAGUGUUCCAUACAACACAUCACUUCCUCUACACCCCCAGUUGGGCAUCAGAAUGACCUUGCAGAAUGUAGUCUGGUAUGGUUUUACUUCACGUGUCUGAUAAUGUGUAUACAAACAGUACUAUGAAACUCUGAAAUCAAAAUCAACAGAAAUGUAUCUUGUUAUCAUUAAAAGUGACUUUUUGUGGA